AUGUCGUCCGUCAGCCGAACUUCCCUUCUUCUCGCCCGUCAAGCAACGUUGGCCACUCGCCAAAUUUCAUCGAAGCCAAGAGUGCUUCCAGAGGGACAGGUACCUCCACCAGUCAAUCAACUCUCUGAACAAGAGAACUCGGUCGUCUCAACUGUCCGUCGUUUCGCCACCAAUGUGAUCAAGCCGCUGGUCCGUGAAAUGGACGAAAAAUCCCAAAUGCAUCAAUCGGUGAUCACAGGAACAUUUGAGAAUGGGCUCAUGGGAAUCGAGAUUGAGGAGAAGUACGGCGGACCAGGAAGCGGUUUCUUCGAGGCGAUUCUUGUCAUCGAAGAGCUCGCCAAAGUCGAUCCGUCGGUUUCGGUGUUCGUCGACGUGCAGAACACACUUGUCGCUCCACUCAUCAUCUCAUUGGGAACCGAAGAGCAGAAGCAGAAAUACUUGACGAAAAUUGUCACCGAUGCCGUUGGAUCGUUCUGUCUUUCUGAAGCCGGCUCAGGAUCCGACGCGUUUGCAUUGAAGACCACCGCCAAGCAAGACGGCGACGAUUUUCUCAUCUCUGGAUCGAAAAUGUGGAUCACCAAUGCUGGUCACGCCAAGUUCUUCCUUGUGUUUGCCAAUGUGGAUAUGAGCCAAGGAUACAAAGGAAUCACAUGCUUCCUUGUCGAUCGCGAUCAAGCUGGAGUAACCGUCGGAAAGAAGGAAGACAAGCUCGGAAUUCGUGCUUCUUCAACGUGCCCAGUGCAUUUUGACAACGUUCGCGUGCACAAAUCAGCAAUUCUCGGCGAAUUCAAGAAAGGCAAGUUAAAACAUUCAUAUUAUUUACAUCGAAGUUAG